UAUAAUUUUCCCGAGGUUGUGACGGAGACGCAUUUGAGUGAUAAUGUCUGAACCGUACGUUGAUCAUUCUUUUCUAGCAGGAAUCGAACUGUACACUUUCAAGGCAGCGGCCGCGGCAGUUUGAGGAAAAAAGGCAAACCUCAAAAUAUCUGUGAACCAUCCAAGGCAACGAUCCUAUUGGGUUCUCGCAGAUGCAUCAUGCAGCAGGGCGAAGUGUGAUGACGGCGGUGAAGGGUGCAGCCAAAGUGAUGUCAAAGCGCGCCAAGCAUGCACUGUGCCACGAGAGAGCGCGCGGCUGCAGGGGAAUCUCCUAUCAUUUCCUAUUUUGGACCGGACUACCUCCAGCCCUUGGACAAUUAAGCGCCUGGUUUAGCGCACUCAAAGUUUGACAAUCACUCUCCUGCCCGGUUCUUCGGAUGUCCCGCUACUGCGAGUUGGUCUGCCAGGUAAUCAAUCAAAGGGGUGUGCGGCCGGACGCUGCCAGCAGUCAUUUCGCAGCGUAAACUAUCGCGAUCUCUUUACGUUCUUACUUGAUACUCUUUGGAAUCAGCUUCUCCACAGUGCAAGCGGAAGAACAUUGUGGGAAAUCUAAGGGGCGGCUUCUUAGUUGAGGAUUUUCAUCCUAUCUAGCUUCUGCCGAUCCCAUACGUCAUAGUCAACGGUGGAAGCCAACGAGAGUGUACUUGCAGCUCAUUAGUGCUUUUGACCUAUGUACGGCCAAGGAACACAUCUGGCCCCGCCGGUUCGAAACGAGGGGGGAAUAUUCUGACUGGCUGCCAGGCCCUGGUGGAAAUCAAGUUAAGAAGUUUUUGGAAGAGCUUAUUGACCAACAAACAAGUCAGCCUCGAUUUGUUCUUUUCAAGCGUGGUAGCAGAUUGGACACGGCACACUCGGAUGAAAACAUCGAGAAGGGGCUAAUGGCUGGGCCAUAGAACGGCCAAUUAAAUCCUUUACGAUGGCCCCCCCUGUCCGCUCGAGUUCUUCGCUAGCUUGGUGACUUGGUUGACCUUUCCAUUGGGAUGAUUGACACCACCAUAAGAAACUGGCCGCCUGGCAGGUUAUCGUCGUGCAGGUUUAACAUUUCAUUGUUAAAUCUGGGAAGAGGGCUUUGUUGCUGUUGAGAGCCAAAGGCUAAACGAAAGUUCGAUAUCCUAGGCUCUUGUGAUAGUUCCGUUCCGGCCUCCAUAUGGAAUGGAAAUGAGCACAACAAGCUUUUUCGCCCCUUUUGCACCGGCAAUGCAAGGAAUUUGUGGCGUUCCUAGGACUGAUUUCUGAAUGUACCGUUUCGUUUGGACGAUAUUACCACAAUGGCUGGUUGUUCAUGAGACUCAUCAGAAACCCAGCUCCUCAGUUCCCCACCUGUUAUUAUUUUUCUACCCUUGAUUUUACAGUUUCACCGGGGGAGGGAUGCCAUGUCUCAUCACAACGGGGAUAAAGGGUCCUUUCCUACCAAUCACGCCACAAAAGCUCACACUGAGAAAGGCAAACAAGGAAUAGCCAAGGAGGCCGCUCCAGAAAAGGAAGAGAGUGGUAAGGCCUAGAAGAGGUGAUUUGCUGCUGCUAACAACUGUGCCACUUCCCUUAGUUGAAUUAGAGCAUUUAACUAUCCAACCGGCCAGUGUCAGUACCGUACGUUGUUUGAACCAUCGUGGUAAUAUUUCCGUUCGGAUGGUAAUUUAUACCGCUGCGGUACAUACGAUUAGUGUAUGGACAAGCCUCGUAUCUUUGCCCCAUCUGGCCGUUCGUGGAUCCAUACCUGUAUUAUUAUUGUUGAAACCGUUCUUUCCAGAUUGGCGGCACUCAAUGUUAGCCCUGUGUGGCCUGGAUAGCCGCCGGAGGUAGUCGGCAGUAUCCUUUGGACGGUAGGUACAGACAAGGAGCUCAAGUAGCCUCGCUACUAACACAGGCCUCACGAAUUAUCACGCGGCAUUCUCUUAUUAAAGUGGAGGCCUGUGAUCUGCCUACACAUCGCGCACCCUGAACUGCACGCAAUGGUCUGCCACUGGAUGACGAACCAUCACUUUCCAUGUGAACGCCGCAGGACACGAAAGACGGGAUUGGUUUUUUGCCCUGCUCUACCAGGUGAUCUCGCCUGUUUGCCUAACCCCUGUGCUAGCCCAAUCGAAGGACCAAAGGAUCUUUGAAGCCCGCGUCCUGAACGACCAACAAAGUCAGUUGCAAGGUGUCAAUUUUCUUCGAUCUCCUUGCCUUACGCCAACAUAGCGCAUUUUUAGCCUAUCUUGGUGGAGAAGGGUAACUACUCUCCACUCUUUUUUUUUUUUUUUUUUUUUUUUUUUUUUUUUUUUUUUUUGCUUUUCAAAAGGGGGAAAAGUUCUGUCUGUAUCAUUAUUUAUACAUUCCUGGAUGAGGAAUCCAUGGAUUAUUCGCCUAGUGGAUACCCGCAUUGUCAAACCCGAUUCAGAAUGGCAAACCCCCCCCCCCUGGUUCGCUGGGACUGGCUGCGACUAUCAUCCAGUGCCUGAAAACCAAGGUAUGAUAAAUAGUACCAUACGGGACUAUUUCUGUUUGCCUAUGACGCAGUGUUUCAUUCCCUCAUCCCCAGAAUGCUGUGUAUUUUCAAAACUUCUUCCCACCGCCUUUCUCCCCCCCCCCCACACUUCUUUCUGCUUCGCCUUCAAGAUGCCCUUGAUACAUGAUAUUAUGCUCACGAUUGGUCGAGAGUAUCUUAUGCCUUGCGGCCCUGUCCCGACCGUCUGGGAAGCUUUUAAAAGGAUGCCAUGCAUCCCCCCCGAUCCCCCACCAGCCCUGACUCAAUGGAAGCCCACUUGUUAUUGCUUCCUUCAAGGACUUAGUUUAUUUCAUGAUCGUUUUACCUUUGCUCUUUUCUACAGUUCAAUAAUUGCAAAGUUAGUUUCACUCUAAAGCUUUUAAAAAAACUUCACUUUUACUGUGAAUCUAAAGAAACGGCGUUAAGCUCCUCUUUCUAAGGAGUUCGAUCUUUUGUCUUCUUACAACCUCACUUUAUGUUUUAUUGACUUCGUUAUCUCACUCAGAGAUCUGCUCAACGUUUUCACAAUAUUAAAACUGAGGUUCCUUUUGGAACUUGUCUCGCAUACCAAAGGCUUUGUGACAGUGGCAGCCCAGUGCUUCUGGAUCUGGACGGACGGUUUCCACGUCAAUCAGCUAGAGGCUUGAUAUCUGGGAUACUAGACAUUUUUUGAAUCGUCUAUAAGCUGGCUGUACAGCUGGAAGCUAUACAUCUUGCGUUUCGUGAGUCACGCUCGAAAGUCAAUAUCUGGCCCUCCAUUCUAAGAGCUGGCGGGAUGCUCGGCCGCUUGAUGUCAGCAUUCAGAGGAGGUCAUGCCGCGAAAGAUGGAGAAGACCGGUUCCCGUCACAGCAACUAUUCGUACUGGCGCUGUGUCGAAUAUGCGAACCUAUCGCGUUCAUGUCGAUUUUCCCGUAUGUUUAUCAUAUGGUUUCUUCCUUCAAAGUCACCGAUGACGAUCGCAAGAUUGCCCUGUACGCUGGAGCAGUAACUUCCGCGUUUACGUUUGCCGAAUUCACAACUGGAGUCUUAUGGGGCCGAAUGAGCGACAAUUUUGGUAGAAAGCCCGUUUUAAUCAUAGGUUUAAUUGGAACCGCUAUCAGCAUGAUCGUAUUUGGAUUUGCAUCAAGCCUCCCGGUUGCCCUACUUGCUCGUGCUCUCGGAGGGCUUCUUAACGGUAAUAUCGGCGUCUUACAAACGACAGUGGCGGAGCUUGUUACAGACAAAAAGCAUCAACCGCGAGCGUAUUCUAUCAUGCCUUUCGUGUGGUGCCUUGGCUCGAUCGUUGGACCAGCGAUGGGCGGAGCACUGGCUCAACCAUGUGACAACUACCCUCAUCUCUUCCCUCGCAAUACGAUAUUUGACCGGUACCCGUUUUUGCUUCCGAACUUGGUGUGCGUUGUUAUUCUAUGCUUUGGGAUUACCAUUGGUAUCCUGUUCUUGCAAGAGACCCAUCCGGGAAAGAAGUUCCAACGCGAUAGAGGUAUCGAGCUGGGGCGCAGGCUGAUUGGUGUACUUUACCCGAGGCCAACUCCCGUUGAAUCAUUUUGUUUGGAAUAUAAAAUUCCAAUACAAUACGAUGAAAUUCAAGUUUUAGCUGAGCAACAACAGCUGCCACCUGGAUACCGAAGCAUUGAAAGUUCUCCCCGCCUGUCUUCCGCUAGAGUGCCCGAUGGGAGUUUUAACGUUAAUGAGUCGCCUAAGAAGAGCCAGGGCAUUGUCAAAGCAUUCACGCCAAGAGUUAUUUUUGUAAUAAUAAGCUAUGGGAUCCUUGCGUACCACAGCGUUUCAUUUGAUCAGCUAAUGCCGAUUUUCUUAAGCACGCCAGUCGCAGACGUCAAAGCCGAGCUCCCCUUCAAGUUUACCGGAGGGAUGGCCAUGUCAACAAAGCAGAUCGGAUUUAUACUCGCGGUCCAAGGACUUUAUUCAAUGGUGGCUCAGCUUUGGUUCUUCCCGUAUAUUGUCAGCUCUUUCGGAACCCUUUCUGCCUACCGUUUCGUCCUCUCCAUAUGGCCAGUCCUCUAUUUAGUUGUCCCUUACCUAGUACUUCUUCCUGGUGGAUUUCAGAUACCGGCUGUUUAUGCAGCGCUGAUUGCUAAGAUAACUCUGCAUGUGAUUGCCUUCCCUUCAACGAACAUAUUACUCGCCAACUCAGCCCCCUGUACAACGGUCCUAGGUUCUAUUAAUGGCGUUGCAGCUUCCACUGCAAGUCUCAGUCGCGCGUUCGGACCUACUGUAACAGGUUACUUGCAUUCGAAGGGCCUUGCAUGGGGAUACUCCGGUCUUGCCUGGUGGGCCUGCGGUAUCGUCUGCUUCGUGGGGGCCGUCGAGAGCUUUUGGAUCGCAGACGAUGAGAUAAAGGAAACCAUUGGAUCCGAAAAGGUCUGCAUAGACCAAUGCGAAGCUGGCGUCCAUGACGAGCGAGAGACAUUUCUCCCCAGAGAAGCCUUGGUGGAUCACUUGACGUCAUUACCUGUCCGAGCCCCCAGGAAUAUUUGGUCGACGAACGAGCACAUUGCUCCCUCUCGGUCAAGCCUUGAUGAUAUCGAAACUCUGAAUCUGGACUCAGAUGCCUCGGGACCGUCAUUCGCCAGAGGAGCAAAUAUUUAAGUUUUCAGUCUUUUUCUAUUCCCUUUCAGCUUUUAGAUGACUGGUUCGCCACCUUUAUGCAUUUCCCUACUAUUACUUUAUAAUACACGAAUUUCAUUGCUCUACCUCACCCUUUUGGGCAACAGGCAGCAGAGAUACCUGACUUUGUUAUCACCAUCUUGUUGUUUCUACUGCCUGCGAACCGUUUCCUUGCCUAUCUAUUUGUUUGGGUGUUCGGUCUUCGGGCGACGCACGUGUCCUGGAGUCAUUGGCGUUGAAACUAGGGCCAUAAUCUACGCGAGUGGAUCUUUUGUCAAAAAUCGUUUUUAUGACUGUCUGUUUCUAUUUUUACCCCAAUCGUCCAAAAUUUCGCCGUUUUGUUUCUUAAGAGAUACCUAAUCCUUGUUGACCAUCAGGAUUGCUUAUCUAUUGUGAUAAUUUCGCUCUUUUCUGUUUUGUUUCCACCUCUCCUAGUACUAUUUACUUUUUUCACGACAGGGACACGCAUUUCGGGUAUGGAAUAGAUGGAUGUGGAUAUGAUUUCUGAGGGCAUGAUAGGAUCUAUCGGUUGAAUUUGUUUGGUUUCCAUUGAGGGUGACAUUUUUCGUUUCUAUUCAUCUUUACUAUGUCACGGUUCUCCCAUCGCGAUGUGACAUUGCACGGCAUGGAUAUCAUUGUCACUACAUGAUUUAUUUUGAAUUUUCAGUACUCUUUGUUUAAUUUUCUCAAAUGCGAUACUUCCAGUGGGAUAGGUGAUACGCUGCAAUGUCAUUCGGGCAGCGUUUAGAAUAUCAAAAUAUGCUCCAUCACAAUCUCCGCUUCAUCUGUUUUUUUUGUAUGUAUUUUAUUUUUGAUUCUGCACUUAUCACACAGGACUGGGUGGUAUACAAACGUUCCGAUUCAUACAUGACGCAUGUUCGCCUUCACCACUUGAGAGCAGCCCAGACUUCAUUCUGUUCAUGAUAAAAUUGCGGCCCAAAAGAAAUGACAUCAGCCACUAUUAACUCAUCCAACUGAGGAGUUGGUUGGAUCCCUCACCCAUACAGAUUUAAGAAAACAUAAAACGAAAGAUCUCGGACAUCACAUCCUUGCAAAGAGGGGCAAAUUUGCAAAGAGAAAAAGCCCCUCCCCCCCUUUUUUAGCACCUAUCAGCUCUCGUCCGCCUUCAAUCUCGCGGGGACUUUUUUGGAUUAUCCCCAAGCAUUCAGGAAUUUAUGGCCAGGGGUGGUGGGAUGGAAGAAGACUCCGGCAAAACGGGUUGCGAUUCCGGAAGCAAAUGUCAAGUUUCAAUUGGAAUUCAUUUAUCCCUGUUCCUCGGGUUUGUUUUCUUAGUCUCCCCACCUUUGAUCUGGCUUAGAGCCGCCCUCGUCUCCUCUUUUGCCUGGUUGCAAGGAAAAUAAGAUAAAUGCAUCAUUGCGUACCUGGUGCAUUCGCCUGCAUCGUGAACAUGAGCCUGAGCACAGCAUACACCCGGGAUCCUUUCCUCCCUUUUCCCUUCGUCUUGAUUCGCUGGCUGCGUGCGUUUGCUUCUCAAUCCUAUUAUUACCAGCACAUCAUGGCAGAGGUCAGCUGGAUAGUCAUCGCGGCCAAAUGCAGCUCAGGGUGCCCAAAGCUAUUCAAAUAUGCAUGACAAAAUGCCUGCGUAUUUUACCAUACAAAUUACCUCACAAUGAGAUGUUAUCGAAAAAAUUCUUUGAAUAGUAUCCGUUGCAGAUGCGAGGAUUCCGUGCGCAGCAUAGCCAGGUGGCAUGAGAAACAGUCAUACCCUCCUCCUCUUAGCAAUAAUUGCCUGCUUAUCUAGUUUGUUUUCCUUCCCUGAACAUUUUAUUUCCCAUACAAACUUUGGUCAGUGUUGGGAAGAAAACCCACUGGUUUGACCGCAGACACUGAGACAAAUGUGACGAUAUCUUCGUUUUUUUACCAUAGCCGAUCUUGACCAAAUUUGCCUGCCGUGGGAAAUAUGCACCGUGGAUCUCUAAAACCUUCUACCUGGGGCACGGAACGAUAAGCCGGGCGAUACAGAGGAUACUGCAAGGUCGUACCUGGGGCUUGGAAAUAUUGCGAUUGAGCGAUGAAGGGAUGGGUCGACCCAAGAAUGCAGCAAAAUGGAGUGAAGAAUCAUCUCACGCUGGCUAGGAAUUGAAAGGGAAACGAUUGUCAUAUUUCCAUGCAUGCCUGAGAACAACAUUGGCCAAUUAUGCCAUUUGAAGGCAUAAUCGGGCUUGAAUGGCUUCAUUUCGAGCCACGGCAAGAACGAAGCCGAUUCCAACAAAGAAAAACUUGGAUCUUCCCUGGGAUUCUUAACGGCCAUCAAGCCACAGAAUUGCCCGCUUUCGUUGCAAUACCUGGAAUUUUGCGUGGGGUAACAAACUGUGUGACCGAAAAGAUUUGAAAUCACGACGGACUUGUAUGCACUACCUACUGUACGGAGUAGGUUUUAGUCGACGACAUCGGGCUGGAACCAAAUGCCAAUCUUCUGUGCCUCAUAUGGAUUGAAUUCGUUGCUUAUGGCCAUUGCCUUUGGAGGAUGGAUCAGAAUAUGUGAACCAGGGCUCACAUGGUGCCUAACCGACCGUACCUAGGUAUGGCUCACACUCUUUCUGAAGAAUGAAGUUUUACCUUCUCCCAACAGGCAUUAUCUCCAUUUUUAGCGAAGAGGUUAGGAUCAAUGUCGAACCUAAGGUAAAUAAUAAUGCUGAUUUCGUCGUAUGUAUGUAUGAAUGUAUGUUAUGUACAGUACAUACAUGUACGGAGAAUAAUUUUGACGCCGUAGCGUCUUCUAAACACUCCUCGUCAUGCUCCGUUUCAACCAUGUAUCCAUGGGACCGGGACCUGCUAUGGUCAAGGCGGUUGAGCCUCCCCAAUUUCCAUUUAGCACUGUAAGGCGAAUAAUGAAUGACCUUCUGAGAUAGGCUUGAACUUUGAGAAUAAGGUAAAAAACGGGAUAGAGACUGUUCGAGUAGUGUUUCUUAACUUAAAUUUUAUAUUUUUAGCACCCUAUGCCCUCUACUUUAUUGAGCUCGACUCAAGGGAGUAGUAGGUGGAUUGAGGAGAGAAUGCGUGGGAUGUCAUUCCCUUUCCAGACUAUAACAACAAAUAACUAUACAAGGGCUUGAGAGAAAAAAACUGCUUAUCAGGGGCAAUUUAAUCAUGGUCUGUCCACGCUUAUUUUUUAGUUGAAGCUCAGCUCCAUCUCCUCAUUCUUCUUUUGAUCUUUUUU